CCUGAACUUAAUGCCAGUCGUAUUUAUAAUAUGGAUGAAAGUAACAUAUCAACUAUUUUUACUAAACUUCCAAAAAUAGUGUCACCUAAAUGUAACUUAGAAUCAAAAGUAGUGUCUCUAAAUCGUAUACAGUCACUAACUGUAGUUUGUUGUCUGAGUGCCGCUGGCUACUACGUUCCACCUGCUCUAAUUUUUCCUCGAAAAAAAUAUAAGCCAGAAUUUUGUAAGAGAGCGCCACAGAAUACUUUAAGUAUGGCAUCUGAUUGUGGAUCUAUGAAUUCAGAACUAUUCGUAUCCUGGUUAAAACACUUUACAAAAUAUGUGACGGCAUCUCAAGAUAGACCGGUAUUACUCAUAUUGGACAAUCAUAUAUCACACUGCAGUUUGCCAGCAAUUAAUUAUUGUCAAGAGAAUGGCAUCAUUUUGUUAUCUUUACCUCCAUACGCUAGUUAUAAAUUACAACCACUUGAAAUAGCUUGUUUUGGAUCAUUAAAAAAGUUCAUGGCAGAAGAAUGUAAUCGAUUGAUAUCACAGCACCCCGAUCGGUCGAUAACAAUUUGUCAAAUAGGAGAAAUUUUUCGUACAGCUUAUCACAAGACUGUUUCUAUUGACAAAGCAAUUAACGCGUUUAGAGAUACAGGAAUUUUCCCCCAGAAUCCCUCUGUUUUUCGAGAAGACUUCACAUCAGUCUCAUUUACGAACAGACAAUCAGUCGAGCAUCUUGAAGAUGAUGAGUUGUGCCAUGCUGCAAACUGUGAGCCUCCAGUAGAGUGCUUGGAAACCACCUUCCACAGUUCGUGUAAUGGAGUUUCUUCGUCUCCAAACCAGACUGAGAUAAAUUCUUGUGAGGAUAUUGAAAUUAAAACAGAUGUAUAUGCUGAUGAGACGAUGAUAGAUGACAGCAGAGUACAGGGAUUCGAGAGAGAAUUGGAAGCAGAUAAGAUCCUUGGCUCAGCGAACGACAAUGGAAAACUGAUGUACUUGAUACAAUGGAAAGGAACAGAUGCAGUUGACAUGGUGUCUGCCAGUGAAGCCAAUGUCAAGUGUCCUCAAAUUGUUAUCCGAUUUUAUGAAGACAGAAUAACUUGGAAAAGGACAAAAAAUAAAACCGUAGUAGAUGAGUUUUCUUGAAAGAAUCAGGUUCUGCAUUUUUUUACCUUUGUUGUGAUUUACCUUUGUUGUGAGUGCGGUUAAAGUCUCAUUACAAAUGCCUUAAAGCAUUUCAUUGAAAAUAUAAUUUUACUAAUUAGCUAAUAAAAUAAUGUUUCAUUUAUAGUAUCACAUUAACCGUGCUCUGUAUAAAAAAUAUUUUCGACGUGACUGUUUUAUUUCAUUUUAAACACAAUAUAUGUUUCUU